UAGCCUCCAAAGUCACUCACUCCUCACUCUUUCUUCAACGGCUCAAUCACAAACAAACCCCCCUCUUCUUCUCUUCGCCCUUUUCACAAACACUAUAUCUGCAUUCCCUAAUUUAUACAGCGUCAUUCACACAAACACCUUAUAUAAUAUAUUCUCAUACCAUCUUCUUCUUCCUCUACUCUACUCUACCCUACUCUACUCUACAAACUUCACACACUAUUCACUAUUCUCCUUUCUUGAAUGUGAUUCAUUCAGAAGCAUUUCAUCAAACACCUUAUAUCCAUCAUGGCGUACAUGUGUGCAGACAGUGGAAACCUCAUGGCCAUUGCACAGCAAGUCAUCAAGCAGAAGCAGCAACAAGAGCAACAACAACACAACCACCAUAGCCAUAACCACCACCACCACCAACAGCAGCAGCAGCAGCAGAACCAACAACACUUACUGGGUAUUAAUCCUCUUUCUCUUCAUCCAUGGAACAAUACACCUCCUUUGGGGUUCCCUCUCACACCAACCAAUGAUUUUCCCGACCCGUUUCAAGUUGGGUCAGGACCCGACAACCCGGAUCCAGCUUUUCACUUCCCUCCUCCAUUGGAGCCUCAUUCCUCUUCUUCCUUCAGGUUCUCUGAUUUCGCCGCCGCCACUUUUGAUUCCGAUGAGUGGAUGGACACGCUCAUGGCAACCGCCGCGGGAGAUUCGACGGACACGUCAACGAUCCCAGCGGCGGCGGCGGCGGCGGCGUGGCACAACGGUAAUUCCGAUUUCGGACUUUACGGUUCUAGCCCGUUUACUACUUGUCCGACCCGUUUGUCACCGACUUCGGAUCUCAAUAGAGUGAUAUUCUCGUCGGAACCUCACACCGCCGCCGUGACAACAACCGCAGCAGCCACCGGUGUAUCUCUCCAACAGGCUCAGCUGCCGGCCACGUGGGCAACCCCGCCGCCGCUGCCUCCGCCAACCGCCGUCAAAGAGGCUCCGAAAAUGGUAGCGUCUUCUCCGCCGGCACCACCGCAGGCUCCGGCCACAGUCCAAGGCGGCUUUUCGAGCUUGCCGGAGCCUGAUUCGUCGCACCCGCUUCUGAAAGCACUAACAGAGUGCGCUCUGUUAUCGGAAACGGAACCGGAUCAAGCUUCAGAGUCGCUGAGCCAGUUGAGAAAAUCGGUGUCCCAAAACGGAAACCCAAUCCAAAGAGUUUCCUUUUACUUCGCCGAAGCUUUGACCCGAAAAUUAACCUUUGAGAGGGAGAAAGAUAAGAACUUGGCAAUGGUGGAAACUGCUUCUACUGCCACUACCUCUGAGGAGCUAACACUGUGUUACAAGGCUUUGAAUGAUGCAUGCCCUUAUUCAAAGUUUGCACAUUUAACUGCAAACCAAGCUAUUCUUGAAGCCACUGAAGGAAGUUCAAGGAUUCACAUUGUUGAUUUUGGGAUUGUUCAAGGGAUUCAGUGGGCUGCACUUUUGCAAGCAUUUGCUACACGCUCUUCUGGGAAGCCUGAGAGCAUAAGGAUCUCAGGGAUACCGGCUAUGGCUCUUGGAACUUCCCCUGCUGCUUCACUUAGUGCCACUGGAAAUCGUUUAUCCGAGUUUGCGAAGCUUCUUGAGCUGAACUUUGAGUUUAGGCCUAUUCUAACCCCUAUUCACGAGCUUAAUGAGAGUAGCUUCUGUGUUGAUCCAAAUGAGGCCUUGGCUGUGAACUUCAUGCUUCAGUUGUACAAUCUUCUUGAUGAGACCCCAGAUGCUGUUGAGGCUGCACUUCGUUUGGCUAAGUCAUUGAGGCCUAAGAUUGUGACUCUUGGUGAGUAUGAAGCUAGUUUGACCCGUGGUGGAUUCAUGAAAAGGUUCAAGAAUGCUUUGAGAUAUUACUCAUCUGUGUUUGAGUCUCUUGAGCCAAACAUGGCACCUGAUUCCCCUGAGAGGAUGCAGGUGGAGCGGCAUCUAUUUGGCCGCAGAAUUUCCGGUGUCGUUGGGUUGCCAGGGACUGUGAGGGAAAGAAUGGAGGAUAAGGAGCAGUGGAGGGUUCUCAUGGAAAGUUGUGGUUUUGAAUCAGUUAGUCUCAGCCAUUAUGCAAUUAGUCAAGCUAAGAUCCUUCUGUGGAAUUACAGUUACAGUUCUCUUUAUUCAUUGGUUGAGUCUAAACCUGAGUUUUUGUCCCUGGCUUGGAAAGAUGUUCCUCUCUUGACUGUUUCUUCAUGGCGUUAAUGGUGUUAUAUUGGGGGUUUUGAAAUGGAAAAAUGGGGUUUCCACCUGGUCCUUUUUCUCUGGUGUGGAACAACUAAUUUGUCUAUAUAUGCACAUUGAUGAUCAUGCUAGGCGCUUCAAUUGAACUUUUGGUUGGUGGAGUUAACUCAGAUUUGAUAAUAUGAUAUGUUAUGGCACUGCAAUGCAAGGCUUCUGGGAAGGAUUACCAAUCAUGCUGUACUUUAAGCCAUUCUGAUUUUAUUAGUUCCACACCCUGCUCCCUUCUUUUUUCACAUUGUGUCCUUUUUUCUUUGUGUAGCAUUUUGAUUUGGCAGUGUUAUUACUUACUAGGUUGAAGAAUUGACUGGACAGUUAGUGUGAUCAAGGGAAUGGGAAGGAAGGAAGAAAGAAACAAAACAAACAUUUCUUUCCCAUUGCUUGCCUUGUGACAAUGUAAAUUUGAUUUUGUUGUUAUGGAUUUAAGUUCGUCUAAAUAGAAAAAGGUUUUUCUUUUUA